CAUUUCUUGAUAUUGGGUCGAAUCUCAACCACUAAUCCGCGCCUUCCAUUGACGUUCCACCCUUACGGACCAGUCUCCCUUGCAAGCACAUGCUCAAUAUUGAUUUCUUCGAAGGAGGUGCUCACUUUGGUUUGGAGUGACUCUAGUGGAAAAUUUAUUCGGACAGUUCUCUUUUAAAUGCUCUCCUAGUAAUCCCGUGUUUGCCGAAAUUGCGUCUCGUUUAAUUGUGAAAAUGAUCUUCAGUGAUGUUCUGAUAUUACGUGCGAGUUACUGCAGUGAUAAAUAUCGAUUUUGAUUAUUUAAAUGAUUGAAAUCGUUGGAAUAAUACGAGGAUUUUAUUAAUUUGCAAGUUCUUCAAGAUUUUGGUACCAACACUAUUCCAUGAUGUAGUUGCUAUUUAAAAUAAGCCUGCAUUCUAGUGUUAAAAUCUAUGUGCCCAAAAUCGAAAGUGAGAGAUUGCUUCUCAGACAUUUCGACUGAUUCAGAAUAUGUCCACUAAAGCUCCUGAAAUGCCAAAAAACGGACACGAAUUAGCACCACUGAACAACAUGAACGGCCCCGAACCCAAGGGCAAGCAAGGGGUUACUAUCGUGCUUCAAGGUCCUAGGGGCUCGAUCAUCUCUAGGGGUAGUGCGGCCAACGAUGGCGAUCCCGAUAGGGCGGAAUGGUCUGGAAAGUUGCAGUUCUUCCUCUCCAUUAUUGGAUAUUCCGUUGGACUAGGAAAUAUCUGGAGAUUUCCGUAUUUGUGUCAACAAAAUGGCGGAGGUGCUUUCCUGAUACCCUUCGCUAUUAUGCUUAUAAUGGAAGGCAUCCCACUUUUUCUCAUAGAAUUAGGAAUCGGCCAAAAAAUGAGACUGGGUUCUCUCGGCGUGUGGAGUACCAUCCACCCAUGGUUGGGAGGCAUUGGUAUUUCUUCCUGCGUAGUCACGUUCUUCGUAGCCCUGUAUUAUAACGUCAUCAUCACGUGGUGUUUUUAUUAUCUCUUCAACAGUUUUCAGAAUCCUCUCCCGUGGCAAUCGUGUCCUGUGAAUAAUGGUACCGUAGAUAUGGAAUGCGACAAAUCUUCAGCGACAGCGUACUUCUGGUAUCGUGUUACUCUGGAUGCUUCAGCUAAUAUCGAAGAUCCAGGAAUGCCAAGAUGGUGGAUCGUUUUAUGUCUGCUUCUCUCAUGGAUUGUGGUUUACUUUAUUGUAAUGAGAGGUAUCCAGAGCUCAGGAAAGGUUGUAUAUUUCACCUCACUGUUUCCAUAUGUUGUCCUGACCAUAUUUUUCGUAAGAGGUAUCACGCUUAAAGGUGCCAGUGCAGGAUUAGCUCAUAUGUUAACACCAAAGGUGGAAAAACUUCUGCAACCUAAAGUGUGGUUAGACGCAGCAACCCAAGUAUUUUACUCAUUUGGAUUGGCCUUUGGUUCUUUAAUAGCGUUUGGAUCAUACAACACCCCCAAAAAUAAUUGCGUGAGGGACGUAAUUUUGGUUUCAAUUUGCAAUGCAGUUACUGCCAUAUACGCAAGUGUUGUGAUAUUCGCCAUCCUCGGUUUCAAAGCAGUUUCUAAUGUUGACAAAUGCCUGACUGACAACAAACUUCUACUAAUGGCACACGGAUUUUUAAAUAAAGAAUUAUCGACUGAAAAUAUAUCAGAAGAAGCCUAUCAAAAUGCGUUAAUACAUGCAAAUAAUACAUUCAACAUUACAGAGUGUUCGUUAGCAAGAGAAUUAGAUGCGGCUGCCGAAGGUACAGGUCUGGCUUUCAUUGUAUUCACGCAGGCUAUCGUCGAACUACCUGGAGCUCCAUUUUGGGCCAUAAUUUUUUUCAUGAUGCUUCUGGCUUUAGGUAUCGGAUCGCAGAUCGGAAUGAUGGAAGGAAUGCUGUGCACAGUGUUUGACAUUGAAAUAUUCAAAAGGAUUAGCAAACAGUAUGUCACAGCCAUACUAUGCCUAGUCUGCUUCUGCGUUGGAAUGAUCUUCACUACAGGAGCAGGGGAGUACUGGCUCAGUCUAUUUGAUUCGUUCGCCGGUACCGUUGGCCUGGUAGUAGUGGCUUGUAUGGAAAUGAUAGCUGUCAUCUACGUAUACGGCCACGAAAAGUUCACCAAAGAUAUUUACGAGAUGACCGGAUUCAAACCAGGACUAUACUGGCAGUUGACUUGGAGAUACUUCGCACCUGUCAUCAUGGUGGUGAUUCUUUUUUCGUCUAUAGUACAAAUGUUUAUCGAGAGUCCGAAGUACCAAGCUUGGAGUAGAGAGGAGGGCGAUGUCAAACCAACUCCUUAUCCUCCAUGGGUUAUGAGCAUCGCAAUCUCCAUGAUCCUAGCAGGAGUUUUACCCAUUCCGGUUGUCUUCUUGCUCAGGAGGUACCAGAUCUUGAAACUUGAUGUUAAUAUCCAUGAAGGAUCAAUCAGGAGAAUAGAUACAACAGUGUCAACAAAAGAAAUGAUCACCGACGUUGAUGAGCAAUUAACUAGUCCAGAAGGACCCUGUCGUACAACUGCGAACACGCUCAAAAAUAAAUUUACUAUUGGGGAUUUCGAAGUAUAGAUACGAUGACGAAGACGAGGACGGAUUAAGACCAUACCACGAUUCGGAUUCAUCAGAUGAUAACGGACCCCAACUCAACAAUUCCUUUGGUCGAAAAAUCCACAUUGAGCUUUAGAUUAUAAUAAUUUUUAAGGAUGUUUUUGAGUACAAUUAAUUGUUGUUGGUAGUUCGUUACACAGGCUGUUUAUUAACAGGGUACACACACAUACACACACAUACCUACCUUAUCGAGAUAAAGUAAAUUUAGUAAAAACUUUAAAAAAUGACGCUUAAAUUGCUUUCAAAUAGACGUUUGUUAAUAAAUUGUAACUAUCUAGUUAUUAGAUAAUGUCAAAAGUACUGUUG